AUGGCAGAUCCGCUGCCCCCUUCCUACUUGCACGUCAUCAACAACAACCGCAUUCAAUUUGAGAUCUCUAUUGAACAGGGCAAAUACAAAUCCGUCUUGCUCUGGCAUUUCCUUGCUCUCACAGCUCUUCCAUUGUCUGCCUUGAUCAUCCCCCGUCGCUACGGUGGUCACUAUGUGCGCCAGCUCGUCUUCGGCCUCGUCGUCAGCCUGGCCAUUGACGCCAUCCGCUCCCGACGGGCCUUGCUCGGGGCAAAUGGCUACAUGGUGGGACUGAUCGCCGCCUGGUGGUGCAUCUGGACGGCAACCCUGUUGGUCUUUCACGAUCCAGAAUUGGAAUUUCAACGAAUCGAACGCGUCAAAUCCAGUCUAGUUGCCACAACUAACGGGCGAACGUCCAAGUAUCCCAAAGAACAUCUCGCUUGGCAACCAUAUCCCAAGCCGAUGGUGCAUCGUCUGAACUGGGUUUUGGGUUUGUUACUCAACAUGCGAGGCCCCGAAUGGAACUGGCGGAUCUCGUCCUUGGACCCAUUGCCCUCAGUACUUGUCCCACUCUCCGCUGUAAACAAAGCACGAACCGUGACACCGGAGCCACCCGAUGCACGAACCCGGCUACGAGCCGUAGCGGGCACCUUUGUUACGACCUACCUUGCCCUGGACCUAAUCAAGGUCCUCAUGAUGCACGACCCGUACUUCUUGGGCGUACCGUCACCUUUGUCUCAACCUUAA